UCAUCCCAACGAGUCGAGAUGUUCUUCAGCUGCUUCCUACUGCUAUUGGCCACUAGUGUCCUGUCUGCAGGACGAGUACCCCAACCGGAGGAACGCAUUAUCGGUGGAGAUUACAUUAAAAUCGAACAGGCUCCCUGGCAGGUUUCCUUACAAAUCUAUGGACAACAUGCUUGUGGUGGCUCCAUUUACAGCAAAGAUAUUAUUAUCACUGCUGCACAUUGCCGUUUUACAAGCGAAGGAGUACGACUUGAGGCUGAGAUCUUUACCGUUCGGGUCGGAUCAACACUAAAAAACAUCGGCGGAAGAGUUGUCCAAGUUGCAGCCAUUAAAUCCUUCGAAAGAUAUGUCGUGAAUACAUCUACCAACGACAUUGCCGUGAUGCGAUUAAGCGAACCUCUAGAGUUUAGCAACAAAGUGCAGCCGAUUUCCUGGGCCGAAAAAAACCCUGCCCCUGGAACGCCCGCAUACGUUUCUGGCUGGGGAGCAAUUUUAGCAGACGAUGAUUUUAUAGAGAUUGACGAGAAGUAUACAUAUCCCAAUCGUCUUCAAGGCGUUCAAGUCCAGAUUACUCAUGAUCUUACGGAUAAAAUUACCGCUGGAAAUGAUAGGAAAACUACUUGUAACGGCGACUCCGGAGGUGCUCUGGUUGUUAACCAUCAACUUGUGGGUGUCGUCUCAUCAGGUCCGGAAUAUUGCGACGGUAGAUCAAUUUACACUAGUGUUCCUCACUUCCGAGAUUGGAUCUUAAAUGCCAUUAAAUCUAUUAAAUCUAUUAAAAUGUAAAAGGUUAUAAAAAAUAAAUAUAAAUUCUAAA